GAGGUGGACACAAUUUAAAAACUGACUGUCAAACAUUUGCUAACGGUUUUAAUAAAAUUAGCGGCUUAAGAGAUAUCAAAGAAGAAUUAAAAAAAUGCACUAGUAAAAGUGAAUAUGAUGCCAAGAAAAACAACUACAUUCGGCAAUGCGAAGAAGCCCUUACUGGAUUAAGCAAUAACACCAGUUCUUCUUAUAUAUUUGUUCAAGAAUUAAAGGAGUUAGAAUUAGAGAUAAACCAAAUUACUCAGAAAAUGGAAGAAAAUAAGAAAAAAGCCAUGUCGGAAACUGAUCCAGUUAAAAAAGCAGUACUUAUUCAAUCCAUUGAGGAAGAUGGUUUAUUACUUCAACAGAAAUACAAGAAAAAACAAGAACUCGCUAAUAAGUUUAACUUUGAUCCAAAAAAGAAAGUUGAUAACUUAAUAGAGUCUAUGAAAAAGGCUAUUAAAAAAGGUAAAAAGAAAAGAACUGAUGGUUCCGGAGGAGGAAAUCAUAAAAACCCCAAUUCUUCUGAUGCUAAUAGUUCUGACAGUGAAGAUGAUUAUAGUUCUGAUGAUAGUAAUAAUGGUAAUGGUGGUGGAAAACUAAAAAACAAACUUGGUGAAUACACUAAGGAACUAGAAAAAAUCCCAGAACCUAGAGAAUUAACUGAUGCUGAACAAGAAAAUGUAGAAAAAGAAAGUAAGCAAAAGGAGAAGAUGCAGUUAUUAGUUGUUCUGUUCUUAGCGGGGAUUGGUUAUUAUUUCUUUAUCUAUCUAAAUAAUAAAAGAGAAGAAGCCAAAAAAGAAAUUAAUUUGUUUGUAAGGAAAAUUAAGAAAGUGAUUAAAGAAAAAGCCGAAAUAGAACAGGAAAAACCCAAAAAGGCUCGAGGGAAUGCUAAGAAAGAAAUAGAGGACUUUGCUAAAAUAGAAUUACAAAAGAAAAUAAGAGAAUUUAACAAAAAGAUCGAUAAAACUUCGGCUGGUGAACUCUCUUCGGUUAUAAAUGAGACCAACGACUUUAUCAUUGAUAUAAAAGUAAAGAGGCAAGGCUUGCACUGA